AUGCCUCGUCCUGAUCUCACUUUCCCAGGAAUACCCGAUGUGGAAGAGAUGGAUCGACAAGCUCAUUCUCGUCCUCGAGAGGUCCUCGGUGGCGUGGAUCGUAUGGCGGGUAACGAAUACACUUGGCCUGAAGCUGGUCCUAGUGAUCUUUCAUCUUCUUCGGUGGCUGGCGGGGUAAAGAAAGAACCCAGAUUCGGACCAUAUGGAGCUAAGAUGAUCGCUUCUAUGACUGGAGCUAUGGCUGUUUCUCUUCUAAUGUCCCCCUUCGACGUUGUCAAAACUCGACUUCAGACCGUUCAACCAUCCCCUAACUUCCCCGAUCUCCCAGCCACCGCCGCUGAAGAAUGUUGUCAAACUUCCGUCCUCACUCCACCUUCCACGUCCAAACGUCCCACACCCACUACUAAAACCACCGUCAAUCCAUUGACAUGUUACACCACCGCUUCCAGUUCACCUGAACCUCCCGCUCGACAAAGUAUAUCUUUCGCCUCCUUGCGACCGGCCGCCACCCCAGCUUCCGCCCCAGCUGGGUGUUUACAUCCAUCGAAAUGGGCGGGGAUAUGGGGCGAGGCAGUGACGUUCGAAGAAGCUUUAGCGAGAGGGGUGGUAGGUAUGAACGGAAAUGCCACGCUUGUAUUACCAAGAAACGAGGGGUUAUUAGGAGGUUUUUGGAAUGAAAUAGCUACAGUUAGAGGUGAAGCUGGUGUGAGGGGAUUAUGGAAAGGUGUUGGUACUACAUUAACAAUGUCUAUACCAUCAACGGCUAUAUAUAUGCUAGGAUACGAAUUUCUCUUAUCACGAAUAUCACCUUUCUUUACCAAUUCAGAUGAUCCCCUCCAUAACUCUUCAUCACUCAAUCGAUCUUCUUCAGACACAUCAAAGUCUACAACAGCUUUCACUCCAGCACCUCUGAUAGCAGGAAGUUUAGCAAGGACAUGGAGCGCUACCGUCAUUUCUCCAAUAGAAAUGUUUCGUACUCGUUUACUCGCUCGUCCGACAUCUCAAACCAUACCGACGUAUGCUAGUACUUUCAAAGGUCUAAGUGUGUUAGUAAAAGACAAAGGUCCGACUAUACUCUGGAGAGGAUUAGGACCUACACUUUGGCGUGACGUUCCAUUUUCCGGAGCAUAUUGGGCAGGAUUCGAAUUACUUAAAUCAAACCUUUCUUCACCUUCUUUUCCUAUGUUAGACCCUAUAACCACAACUUUCUUAUCUGGAGCUAUCUCUGGAACCUUUGCCGCACUUCUCACACAACCUUUUGACGUUCUUAAAACUCGAAGACAAGUGUUCACACCUUCACCUAAUUGUUCCCCCGCAGCACUACGGAGUCACGCUUCCACGCUUCCUCUAGCACUGUACGUUAUCGAAACGGAAGGAUGGCGAACAUUGUUCGCGGGUUUAUCAGCGAGAUGCGGAAAGGUCGCACCUGCUUGUGGAUUAAUGAUUGCCUCCUAUGAAGGUGUGCAGAGAUGGUUGAGGGAAUCAUAA